AUGGACUACAAGAAAAUUGUGGAUGAAGUCUCAGAAAAGAUUUUAUCGUACAGUCAAGAUACUUCAGGAUGGAGGGUGAUAAAAGUUUCAAAAAAUGUUACAGUUUCGUCAAAGCCCUCAAAAGAGUAUGCAGGAAAUCUAUAUCGUGGAGAAGGGAUAAUUAAGGAGGUCCCAAGUAAAAUCAUUCCAUUUAUGUAUCUUCCUGAGCAUCGAAGCAAAUGGGACAAAGCAUUGCAAUCCUACAAGCUGCUGGAAAGGAUUGACCAGGACACUGGGAUAUACCACAGUGUAACCCACAGUUAUGGCAUGGGGCUGAUUUCAUCACGAGAUUUUGUUGACCUGCUGCAUGUGAAGCCCUACCCUGGUGAUGUCCUUACAACUAACUCUGUCAGCGUGGAGUGCUCCAGCUGCCCUCCAACCCCCUCUUGUGUCCGAGGCUACAACAACCCCUGUGGAUACGUCUGCUCCCCCUUGCCUGAGAACCCAGAACAUUCCAAGCUGGUGGUGUUUAUUCAGCCUGAAUUGGGAGGAAUGCUGCCGGGCUCCGUGGUGGAGGCGGCGCUGCCUGCGACCCUCAUCAACCUCAUCACUGAAACCAGAGCUGGACUGAAAGCCUUCAAAGAGCCUUGUUCCAUGUAA